UUCUUUCCCACAACCCACUUUCCUGUCUUAAAUCACACACAAUCUCUCCGUUUUUCUCUAAAGGCAAAAUGGUGGCUGAUAAAGGAAAGAAACCCAAGAUCCCAGAGAAAGUUGAAGAUGAAGAAAACGCAGAGCAAAUUGACAGUGAGCUUGUUUUGUCCAUUGAAAAACUCCAAGAAGUCCAAGAUGAACUUGAAAAGAUUAAUGAGGAAGCAAGUGAUAAAGUGUUGGAAGUGGAACAAAGAUACAAUGUGGUUCGGAAGCCAGUUUACGAUAAGCGGAGUGAAGUUAUCAAAUCAAUUCCUGAUUUUUGGCUGACGGCUUUCUUGAGUCACCCAGUUCUCUCCGAUCUAUUGACUGAAGAAGACCAAAAGAUCUUCAAACAUUUAACAUCCUUGGAAGUGGAAGAUUUUAAAGAUGUGAAAUUGGGCUACUCGAUCUCCUUUAAUUUCAGCCCCAACCCGUAUUUUGAAGAUUUAAAACUCACAAAGACUUUUACCUUUCUUGAUGAGGGUACUACAAAAGUUACAGCUACUUCAAUAAAGUGGAAAGAGGGCAUGGGUAUUCCUAAUGGGGUUUGUGGACAUGAUCAUGAGAAGAAAGGAAACAAGCGGUGUCAUGAGGAUGACAGCUUCUUUAGCUGGUUCAGUGGAAGUCAACAGAAAGAUGAUAUGGAUGAAAUUCACGAUGAAGUUGCAGAAAUAAUUAGGGAGGAUUUAUGGACGAACCCUCUUACAUAUUUCAACAAUGAAGCUGAUGAAGAGGAGUUUGGUGGCGAGGAAGGAGAUGAAGAGGAAAAUGGCACAGAUGACUCCGAAGAUGACGAAGAGGAUCAAGAAGACGAUGGUGAGGACGAAGGGAACUGAAUUGGUCUGUGUAAAGUGCUUAAUUAUAACAGUUAAAAAGUUUUCAUCUUUAGGGGGUUUCUAGAUGUUUCCUUAUUACUAUGUGGUUGGAAUGGCGGAUGUUUAUUAGUUGAUAGAUCUAUAGUUUAUUUGCGGGUAUUAUGGUACAAUGUAUUGCAACUUAAUCCUGCUGUGAACGAAGCAAAAAUGAGAGUAGUAGCUAGCGUCCAGUCUAAAAAUGUUUGGUUUAUCUUUGCUGAAGUCAACUAUUUGACUCA